AAAAUUCUUAUUCUAAAACGCGGCCGAGUAAAUCCGUCCGUCCGAUGAUCUCAGUCCUAGUCUCAGCGCCCACCAACACAGCAGCGGGAAAUACAGCCUAAGCCUAAUAUACUCAAAUCAAUGGCAGAUGAUGGAAUUGCAGCAGGGAUGGAUCGUCUCAGCACCACAACCAAGGAAGAAGAAGACUACGAGCACGAAUCUAAGGAGAGAGUCUUGCUGCUGUACUUCCUCCAAGAAUGGAAGCUCGUCAAGUCCCUCGUGGACGGCAUCGUUUCCCACCGCCGCGUCUCCGACCCCUCCGCCGUCCACAAGAUCCGAUCCAUUCUGGACAAGUAUCAGCAACAAGGUGAACUGAUAGAGCCUUAUCUAGAGUAUAUGGUUCCACCAAUGAUGGACAUAGUCCGCUCAAGAACCACUGAAUUAGGGGCUGAUUCCGAUGAAAUUCUGGAAGUGAUCAAGCCUAUAUGCAUUAUAAUUUAUACAUUGGUUACAGUUUGUGGAUACAAGUCUGUCAUCAAGUUCUUCCCCCAUCAGGUUUCUGAUUUGGAACUCGCAGUAUCUCUCUUAGAGAAAUGCCAUAACAUAAAUGCUGCCACAUCGUUGAGACAUGAAAGCACUGGAGAGAUGGAGGCAAAAUGCAUCAUUCUUUUGUGGCUUUAUAUUCUAGUGUUGAUUCCAUUUGAUAUAUCCUCUGUUGAUACUAGUAUGGCCAAUAGCAUCCGUGCUGGGGUUGAUGGACCUCCUCCAUUGGUGUUGAGGAUUUUAGAGUUCUGUAAGGACUAUUUGUCAAGUGCGGGUCCUAUGCGGACUAUAGCUGGAUUACUUUUAUCACGACUCCUAACACGCCCAGAUAUGUCAAAGGCAUUCACCAGUUUUGUUGAUUGGGUUCAUAAUAUUCUUUCUUCUGCGGAGAAUGAUGUUAUCGACCACUUCCGACUAUUGGGUGCUGUUGCAGCUGUGGCUGCCAUUUUCAAGAUUGGUAGCACAAAAUUUUUGCAGCCUGUGGUCACAAUUUUAUGGACUGAUGCAUCUGUUCUGAUGAAGUCACCUAUGGCUACUCGGAGUUCAUUACUUCGCAAGUAUCUGAUAAAGUUAACCCAGCGGAUCGGGCUUACCUGCCUGCCUCGUCAGACUGCAACGUGGCGUUAUGUGGGUAGGAAUGUCACACUUGGAGAGAACAACAUACCUUCACAUGUUGGAAAGGAUAAUAACCAAUCAAGUGACUUGGUGAAUGUUAACUCCAGUAUUAAUGCCUCUCAAGAGACAAGCUUCUUUGAAGAAGAAGAAGAAGAAGAAGAUAUGGAUGUCCCAGAUAUCAUUGAAGACAUUAUUGAAGUUUUGUUGUCUGGAUUGAGGGAUACGGACACUAUUGUACGAUGGUCUGCUGCAAAAGGUGUAGGCCGCAUCGCGUCACGAUUAACUUAUGCUCUGUCAGAUGAAGUUUUGUCUUCUGUAUUGGAGCUUUUCUCUCCUGGCGAGGGAGAUGGCUCUUGGCAUGGUGGUUGCUUGGCAUUGGCAGAAUUGGCACGGAGAGGAUUGCUUCUGCCAGUCAGUUUUCCAAAAGUUGUCCCUGUUAUCAUAAAGGCUUUACAUUAUGAUAUUCGAAGAGGGCCUCAUAGUGUUGGGUCUCACGUACGUGAUGCUGCUGCUUAUGUUUCUUGGGCAUUUGGUCGUUCAUAUUACCAUAGAGAUAUGACAAAUGUGCUGGAACAGUUAGCACCACAUCUUCUAGCAGUGGCCUGCUAUGACCGUGAGGUUAACUGCAGACGAGCGGCAGCUGCUGCUUUUCAGGAAAAUGUAGGGAGACAAGGAAGUUUCCCCCAUGGAAUCGAUAUUGUGAAUACAGCUGAUUAUUUUGCCCUGUCCUCUCGGACAAACUCUUAUCUUCAUGUCGCUGUUUGCAUUGCUCAAUACAAUGGCUAUCUUAGUUACUUUGUCGAUGAACUGUUACAUAGCAAGAUCUGCCACUGGGAGAAGGGUCUAAGAGAACUUGCUGCCACUGCCCUCUCACAUCUUGUAAAACUCAAGCCUGAAUAUUUUGCUGAUGUAAUUUUGGAUAAGUUAGUUCCUUGCACACUGUCAACUGAUUUAUGCAUGCGGCACGGUGCAACCUUGGCUACUGGAGAGGUGAUUUUGGCUUUACAUGAGUGCAACUAUGCUCUUUCCACAGAUAAGCAGAAAGUAGCUGCUGGUGUAGUUCCAGCCAUAGAGAAAGCGCGGCUUUAUCGUGGCAAAGGAGGGGAAAUAAUGCGUUCUGCUGUUUCUCGCUUCAUCGAGUGCAUUUCCCGAGCUCAAGUCUCUCUGACUGAGAAGAUCAAACAAACUCUGCUUGACACUCUCAAUGAGAAUUUGAAACAUCCUAAUUCUCAGAUACAGAAUGCUGCCGUUGAAGCCGUUCGACAGUACAUUCGUACUUACCUUGUAUCGGUGGAGAGAAAGGGAGUGGACCGUAUUAUUUCAAAAUAUCUCAAACAGCUGACUGAUCCCAAUGUUGCAUCAAGACGAGGAUCAGCCCUGGCUCUUGGCGUUCUACCGUUUGAGUUUCUGGCUACCGAGUGGAAAUCUAUCUUAACAAAGCUCUGUAGUGCAUGUGAAAUUGAGGAUAAUCCUGAAGAUCGGGAUGCUGAAGCACGUGUAAAUGCUGUCAAAGGACUGGUAUCUGUUUGUGAAACUUUAACCAAAGCCGGAGAAUUGUCUGCUUUCUUUUCUGGAGAUGAUCGACUUGCCCUCUUUCAUUUCAUCAAAGAUGAAGUGAUGAGCAGUUUGUUAAAGGCUCUGGACGAUUAUUCGACAGAUAACCGGGGCGAUGUGGGCUCAUGGAUUCGUGAAGCUGCAAUGGAUGGCCUUGAGAAAUGUACAUACAUUUUAUGCGAAAGGGAUUCCGAAGAUCAAGAAAAAUGGUCUGUUUCCGAUCUUACUAGAAGUGAUAGCUCCAAUAACGACCAGAGCACUGCCUAUUUCGAUUCCACGUUGGCAAAUAGUUUAGUCGGAGGUAUUGCGAAGCAAGCUGUGGAGAAGAUGGAUAAGUUAAGGGAAUCAGCAGCGAGGGUUCUUCAAAGAAUACUUUACGAUAAAACAAUCUCUGUGCCACACAUACCGCACAGGGAUAUUCUCGAACGUACAGUUCCAGACGAUGCUCAUCUUAAGUGGGGGGAUCCUACAUUCUCGUAUCCUCGUUUCAUACAACUUCUUCAAGUUAGUUGCUACAGUCGAUAUAUUGUAUCUGGACUUGUCAUUUCCAUUGGUGGGCUACAAGAAUCUUUGAGGAAGGCUUCGCUCGGUGCUUUGUUGGAUUAUCUUCAAAGUGAUAGCGGCGAAGAUGGUCCCCGAGUGUUAAGUCUUUCUUCGGACAUUCAAUGGGUUCUUCAGAAAUACAGGAGAUGCGACCGAGUCAUCGUACCCACUCUGAAGACUGUCGAGAUUCUUUUCAGCCACAAGAUAUUGUUAAAUAUGGAGGCUCACACUCCCGUCUUCUGCAAUGAUGUUCUCGAUUCUCUCGCCACCGAGUUGAAAGGAACGAAGGAUUUCUCCAAGUUAUAUUCAGGAAUCACGAUACUCGGAUACAUCGCGUCGAUUUCAGGCCCGGUCAACACCAAGGCCUUCUCGCAUUUGCUUACCUUCCUCAGCCACCGCUACCCCAAGAUCCGGAAAUACGCUGCCGAGCAAGUGUACCUUGUCCUGUUAGGAAACGGAGCUCUAAUGAGCGAGGAUAAAUUGGACGAAGCCACUGAGAUCAUAACCGAGACUUGCUGGGAAGGUGAUCUCGAAGAAGCAAAACGGCGAAGGCUACAAAUCUGCCAGAUGGCGAAGAUCGAAAUUGCCACUCGAACAGUAAAUGUUACGGGCGCAAAACCGACGAAUGUUUCUGAAGAGAGAGAUGAGAAUGCUACAUACUCGUCGCUUGUAGGCUCGGCCGGGUUUUAAUCUGUGCGUCGAUGCUGAGCUCAGAGAUCAAUCUGGUGUUCGACAACAAUGGAUGGUCGUAAGCACGGACAACGGUCGAACAAAGGUAUGGCUUUCUUCAUUUAGCAUGUUAGUAUUUGUCGCUUCAUAUAUGCAUUUUUCUUUGGCGAGGGAUUGUUUGCAUGCCUAGAUAUCUUCAAGUGAAUUCUUUGAUCGUACGUUCGUAUGCGUCUAUCGAAUUAUUUUUUAUCGAUUGUCAUUUUAUUCGAGAGAAUGUUGCUGUAUAUGUUAUUGUCAUUUUAUUUGUAUAAAAUCAUCAGUUUUGGACAAAUUUUACAUUAGAUUUUACAUGAUU